GAGUUCACGCUGCACGACCACGUGCGGGAGGAGGCCCAGAAAUUUCUCCAAGCCCUGCAGGCCAAGUGGGCCCAGCAGGUCACCUUCGUGGGGGUCCACGUGCGCCGGGGCGACUACGUGCGCGUCAUGCCGCAGGUGUGGAAGGGCGUGCUGGCCGACAGGGGCUACCUGCGGCAGGCCCUGGACUGGUUCCGGGCCCGCCACCGCAGCCCGGUCUUCGUGGUCACCAGCGACGACAUGGCCUGGUGCCAGCAGAACAUCAACAGCUCCCGCGGGGACGUGGUAUUCGCAGGCAACGGCCGUCAGGGCUCUCCUGCCAAGGACUUUGCGCUGCUCGUGCAGUGCAACCACACCAUCAUCACCGUGGGCACCUUCGGGGUCUGGGCCGCCUACCUCACGGGCGGGGACACCGUCUACCUGGCCAACUUCACCCUGCCCGGCUCCCCCUUCCGCAUGAUCUUCAGGCCACAAGCGACCUACCUGCCAGAGUGGGUGGGCAUUGCUGCCAACCUGGGGCAGGCCGGAGGGAACAGCCCUUAGCCCUGCGCGG